UUAUUUAUUUUUUAUUUUUAUUUUAUUCGGAUCUGGUUGUUUUUGAGGGGAUGGUUGUUGAAUGUUUUUUCGUAUGAAGCAAGUGAAAUUGUGUAUUUAAAUUAUAUUAUUUGUUAACAAGCAAAAUUCUAAUAUUGGUGUGUUUAAAUUGUUAUAAAUAAAAAACUACUGGUAAUAUUGCAAAUUAGAAUUUUUGAAAUUGUACUCCAGGAGUCCAUUCCAGCAUCACGCUUUUUUGAUUCUUCAACCAUGUCUUUUCAAUCUGAUGUAUUGUCUCCUGAGGACCAAAAAUUUUUGUAAAUAUCUCUAGCAGCUUUCUUCUGUCAGCUAAGAUGAUGUGUUUUGGGAAAACAAGAAAGACAUUGAGAACAAAAAAAAAAUAGAAUACCUAUGAUAAGGAAAGUGAUACAUAAGAAUUUACCAUCUUAGAGAAAAAAGCUAGGAAAACAAACAAUGUGAUUUAAUAUUACUUGAUUGAUCUGUGGAAAUAUUAUCUCCUGCAGCAGAGGAUUUGUAGAAAUGAUUCAGUCUAAUCAAAAUGUUUAUGUCAAGCUGACAUGCGAAGAAGUUGGUGGUGUGUCACUUCAGUUAUUUGAUGAUGAACCCACUAUGUUGCUGACUGAUUUUCCAAAAUCUGAAUCACACAUCAUGAACAUUCCAAAACCUGUAACCGCGGUUCUGUCAAAUGAGGAGUACGAAGGGCCUUUUAAUUUUGAAGUAGACAUAAUUCCAAAUGGAUCAAAAAAUGGCUGGUUUUUUUCUCCAACCUUGAACAAGGUAUAUAUGGACAUAAAGGCUCCGUUUCCAAUAGACUUUAAGGUUAAGCAAAGACCACUACAUUCAUUGUUCAUCAGGGUUACUCCAAUGUACAGUUCACCACAGUUUGCUCAAGAAUGUGUUUCUAGAUGUGUUAACCAUGAAUAUGCUGAAGCAACCUCGAGUCCAAAUAUAAUGCCACAUAUCAGACCACACAUUAUAAGAUGUCAUAAUCAAUCAUCUAGUUACAUUGGAGAUAAAGCAAAUAACGAACGAUUAAGCAUAAUCAUUCCACUCUCGUUUCCACAAAUGGGAACCAACAGUAUUCGAGAAAUGUUCGAAUUUACUUGCAAGAAUUCUUGUCCUCAUCCUGGCAUGAAUCGAAGAUCUAUUGAAGUCAUAUUUACUUUGGAAGACAUGGACUCUCAAAUAUAUGGACGCAAGACAUUGAAUGUGAGAAUAUGCUCUUGUCCCAAACGUGAUAAAGAAAAGGAGGAAGCGGACGAUUCUGGCAAGACGCAGCCGCCGAGGGGCAAAAAGAGAAAACUGGAUAAACCGGCCAAAAAAAUUGUUAGUAAUAAUCAAGAUUUGAGAGAAUUUACUAUAUCGAUCCCCAUCGCUGGAAAACAUAAUAUUGGAAAUGUCCUUAAAUAUUGCCAUGAUCUGAUGGCAGGAGAGAUUGCACGCCAUUCUGGUAGUGGGGUGGAAACCACAGCGCCAUACAGUAAUGCCUUGUCUAAAAUUAGUACAAUGAUUAAGGACCUAAACGAGUAGCAUUCCAUGUUAUUCCUACACGUUUUUUUUUGUAUUUCUUUUUUUACACAUUUACCUUUGUCUACUUAUUUUUAUAUUAUCACUUGUUUUACGAGCAUUUGUGUAAGUGGGUGUGUUUUAUCAGUUUAGGGCGGUUUCUCUCUUUGAUUUUUCAUUAGUUUACAGUUAUUGAAUAGUUUUGUUAAACAUAUUCUUCAGAUAUAUGAAUAUAUGCUGAAGUUGAAAAAGUAACUCAUAUAUAUGAGCUAUUCUUUUAACAACUUAUUUUUCCUUUAACCCGGUAGCAGUCGCGCCGCUUAGAAAAAAUCUAACAUUUUAUCCUUUUCCGUGAUAACUUGAUGAAACAUUUUGCAACAUAACUUUCCACUCGUAAGUGCCUCUAGGAAGAUUGUAGUAAUGUUAGAAAUUUGUUUACAAACUAAGAAUAUGUUUAAUACUGCUAUUUACUUUAUUUACACUCUUUAUAGAAUUAAGGUUGAUUCGCAUUUUACGGAACGUCAGCGUCCCGUCACGAACCGGCAACGUUACGUAACAGUAAAAAAGUUACGUGGUACAGUAACGUUCACCAAGGUUUGUCACGUCAUUCAAUUACAACGAAAAGUUAAGCGAUGAGCAAAUUAAGCACAAAAAAAUGAGCAAUAAUUCUAUUAAUGUUGGACGAAGAGGAGCAGGCAAGCAACAACCCUAAGAAAAAGUUGUGGGUACGAAAGACGUUUCUUAAUGGAAAAUACGUAGGGGAGUAAGUACCAUAAGUACAUUGUUUAAACUUAAAGAACUAGAUGAUGACGAAAUUUGUUAUAAAUACUUCAGAAUGUCUCGGGAUCAGUUUCAUGUGCCAUAUUUAGUUCAAACAUCAAACUGAAAAGACAAUCUCGCCAAAUAUUCAAUUGAUUGACGGCCGCUGUUGUACUUUCCGCAUUCGUAUACUAGAAACAUAGAGAAAUAAAAACAAGGGUGCUUGGUUGAUACAUACGAUUGUCACACUCGAUGCUAGCGACUCGAUGAACUACUUACUAAACUAAACGGCCAGAAUAGGGAAAGCGGGAAAUUUAAAAUAAUUCUAUAUUUCCCUUAAAAGUUUUCAGAAAUAUAGGAUGGGAAAAACACAUUUUAUUUUUAAUCUUUAUUGUUAUUUAGCCUACCUACUUGCAAAACACGGUCUUUUGUCACACUAUCACUAGUUUUUUAUUUGUAUGUAAUACACUAUACACUAUGUACACUAUAUCCAUUAGUCCAUUAUCACUUGUGUAAUUCCAAUUUGUACUGUAUUAUCAGCUUAACAGUUAACAGUACUAGUAAGUACAUACCUGAAAAUAAAAAAUAAUAUAAAUCACUCGGAAACAUGGAAUUAACAUUAUUUUUAGUAAACUGCAGUAAUUAAUCACUUCAUAGUUUUUGAAAGGUUAUCUCCUAAAUGAAAGCAAUUUCGCUUUGUUGUACACGGCAUAUGAAUGUACUUUAAAAAAUCAAUAUUUCUAGACUAUUAUAUAAUAUUAAAAUUAUAUUUCCACCUACCAAUAUUCAAUUCCACCAAUUCAAUAUAGUUAAAUCAAACAAUUCAGCACAACAACAAAAUGGAGUCAUAAAAACAUGAUAAAAACACAACCUGAAAAGUCAAUGUCAACAAGUAUAUUUUCACGGUACAAUAAAUUCUUUAUUGUACCAUGGCACAGAAUGGUAAAAAUUUUAGUUUCAUAAACAACAGCGCCCCGAUGUGCUACUUAUCUGCGCAGAAAGGAAUGUGAACGGUUUGCCCUAUCCUUUGACCGCUCUCUUGUUUUUAUUUCUCUAUGACUAGAAAUAUGCAGGAAUUGACAUAAAACGUAACAGACCGUCACGUCAAAAUAUUGUUUUAGAGAAACGUUGAGGGUCUGAGAGCGUGACGUUCCGUGACGGUGCCGACAUAUGAGAACAUCCUCGCUUAAAAUACACUACAGAAUAUUUUUACGGGACGUUGACAUUCUGUAAAAUGCGAAUCGACCUUUAAUGUUUUUAAACAUAACUUUAUAGUUUAUACUAGAAAACACUAAAUUUUUAGAUUUACUUAUAUCAUAUUCUACCUCAAUAUAAAGGUGCGCAUUAUUUUUAAAUGCGUCCUGUAUUAAAACAGUGUUCAUGCUCUUUUUAAUUUUACAUUAAAAUAAAAAAUAAAGUGCUCAAGUACAAAUAUAUUAAACACUUAUUAAUAUUGCAUAUAUUAUAGAACGAUGGAGAAACCAUUGUUCGUAUUUUGAAAGGGAGAAAGUCGCAAAGGACUAAAUCGGAUUAAUAAAAUGUUUAGAGAAGUAUCUAGCGCAUUUUGACCAUUAUUUGUUGGUAUGUCGUAAUUGAUUCAUUAAUUCAUCGUAAAAUCUCUUCAGUACAUAUAAAAUGUAUAAUUAUGUAAAAUUUAUGUAGCCAGUGUAACCAGAUAUCGUAAAAUACGUUAAGAUCUGAGGUGGGUAGGGCAUGUGAUGCGGAUGGAACAAAUUUACCCUGCUAGAAAAACGCUCUUUGAUAGACCCAUUGGUCAGAGAUGAAGAUCCAGAACAAUGAAGACAUGAAAAAUAUGGAAAUAUGUGCUUGGCGGAGGAUAAGGAUGACUGGAGAGAAAUUCUUGAGAAGGCUAGGACUCAGCAUUAGCUUGUUUACUUCCUUUAAAAUUAAAAUUAUUUCUUUCUGCAAUAUGUUUGCUCAUUUCUCCAUUUUAUUUUUCCUCUUCUUCUGUCAGGAACUUGCUACUCAGCUGUUGGUAUUGGGCGAUUAUCAUUUUUAUCAUUUCGGUGUUAAUGAUGCCUUAUCAAUUUUAAUAUAUCAGGAGCUUGGAGGAGUAAGGGCGAACUGCAAAAACGAUGCUUCGAGAAAAAGUAUCAACUUGUAAAAUUACUAUAAUAAUCAUUCUUAUUUAUGCCUUAUAUUCACUUUGUAAAGAUGGUUUUUGUCGGUGUCACGUUCUAUCGGUACAUCGGCUCAUCACUACAAUCUUUUCUCAGAAGCGUUGAACAGAAUAAUGAAAGGCGCCUGUGUGAGAGGAAAGUUGAUCGCCAAGUACUAAUAAAAAUUACAAUAUACAAUAAACGUUAUGCAAAUUUAGUUUCUCUACUAUUAUGCAAAUUACACCCUAAUCUUUUCCUACGGUAUGGAAAUCCUUCUGGUAGAUCUUAAAAACUUAAAAGGAUCAAGUAUAUUCAAAUGGGAAAUAAGCCACAAUUUUACCUAAAAAUGAUUUUAUUAACGUUUCGACGCCCAAGUCGGGUGUCGUUGUCAAAAUACAAAAUAAUACUAAAUAAUAAAAUCAUUUUUAGGUAAAAUUGUGGCUUAUUUCCCAUUUGAAUAUACUUGAUUAUAAAAAUGCCACAAGAAAAUAGCUUCAGAACAACACUUAAAAGGAUCUUGCAAGAUUUUUAUGAAAUAAAAAAAGAGGUUUAAUACUUUUUAUUCUAUAAAAAUAAACAUCCCUAGUGUUUUUAAUAAAAUUCACAAAUAAAGCUUCAAUUGAAUUCAAUUUGAUUCUCAUCGUCUACGGUUUCUUCGUCUUCUGUAUCUCACCAAUUUAAGCUACAGAAACACCGGUGCGUUAACAGAGAAGAAGGGGCGAACCUUGAACGGAAACGCAACGAAAGCCUCUGGGUUCGCCCUUACUCUUCUAGACGAUUAUGCAGUUCAGUUUCUGACAUGAAUGGAUUGGUAUAUAUAUUAUUUCUUACGAAAUUUUAGGAGUAUUAAGGGCGAAACAUGCUGUUAUAAUAUACAGACGCAUUCUUUAAAAGUAUGUGAGGAAGAUGAGACUGUUUUUGAAAUUACCAUUUUUCGGGCUCGCCCUUACUCCUCCAAGCUCCUGAUAUGCUCUCACAUAUUCAUUUUUAAAAUCAUUUUACUAUCCAAAGAUAUGCUUACGCUAUCCCCUUGCUUUAUUAGAGAAUCUCACAAUUCUCACUUCUUUUAUAGCUGCACAGAACAGUUUACAUAACUGCAAAUAUCUCUCUUUCUAUAAACUUUUCCUGAAAGCACGAAUUUUAAUAGACUAUAUCUCAUUAUAACUUUAGUAUUCCUUAUUCAGUGCCCACCAUAAAUCCUCUCGAGAUCCGAUGAUACGUUUUGGUAGGCCUUGGAUGCCAAAUUUGCAGUUAUUAAAGCGUCAUGGGGACCUAUUGAGUUGUGAAGAUUAGGUCCUAAAUCCAAAAAAGUUAAGUUUUCCAUUUUAUCGAGGAUUUUCCCCAUUUAAAUUACUCAUUUAAACCUAAUUAUCUACACUUGAGAGCAAAAUAAUCGACUUACUUGCUGAAUAAUUGUACACGUGGAAUUUCCUAAACCUGUUGUCCGAUUUGAGUGAUUUUUUUAGUAUGUUAUAACCUUAUUAUUUAAGAAAAUCGAUGUAAUGUUAUUGUUGCUAUACAGGUAAAGGUCAUUUUAUACCGGGUGUAACAAUCAUAGUGUGUUUUUUCUUAAAGUUUAGAACACCCUGUGGAGUAUUCUAGCAUAUACAAAAUAUUUAAAUUAAAAUUCAAUUGUAGGCUUAGGCUUUAUUAACAUUUUCUUUUUUGACUCAUUUGCUUAUGUUGGAUAAUAAAAAAGUUAGGUAUGUUUAAGAAAAAAACACAGUAUGAUUGUUACACCCGGUAUAAAAUGACCUUUACCUGUCUAGCAAUAAUAAAUAUUACAUCGAUUUUCUUAAAGAAUAAGGCUGUAACAUAGCCACCUUUAGUUUACAAGCCAUGAAGAGAAAAAGGCAACGUCGCAAUUGAUGACGUUGGUAGUCUGACCUUCGGACUAAAGCUUUCGAAACUACGAUUUUAAAGUACAAAUUCUGGUAAAAUUUAUAGUAUUUUUUGAGUCGAACAAGAAAAUAUUGUUAAUUAGAAGUUUGUACAAAAUAAUAUUAAAAGUAAUUCCUUGUAAGUAACGUUUAUUAUACAAAAAAAAAAACAAUAAGAAUAUAAACGGGAUUUAUUUCUUUCGAAUCCUAAGAAAACUAAUAAGUAUUUUUCAAAAAUUUAAACGCAGAGUGAAAGAUUACGUUAGGACCGAGGGCCCAAAGUCCCUGAAAACUUCUAUGUUUAUUUUAAUAAGUUACAGGGGUGAAAAACUAAGAAAAUUUAGUGUGAUUUUUAGUUUCAAAUAUGUCAUUAAAAAAAAACUUUUUAUUCGUUCUAAGGGACUUUCGGCCCUCGGUAAUAAAGUAAUCUUUUAUUCUGCGUUUAAAUUUUUCAAAAAUAAGUACUUAUUAGUUUCCUCAGAAUUCGAAAAACAUAAUUACAGUAGAACGUCGAUAAUCCGGACCGUCAAUAAUCCGGAUUUGUAUCUAGCAAAAAUAUCUGAUUCUUUUAAAAUAAAUUAAGAACUUCGCUGCGAAAAACGAACCUCUACCGCAGUUCAAAAAUAUUUUACACAUUUAUUUAAAAGCCCAAAUAGUGUCUGAUGUUUUUACUGUACACAUGGUGCUAUUAUAAAUUAAUUACAAUACAGUGUUUAAACAUAAAAAAAUGUUUUGAUUAAUUUCACCUCUAGACACUUUACUGUACAAGAGAAAACAUAAAAUUUUAAAACGUUUGUUGUACUUUAAUGUGUAUACUGGCCUUUUUUUGAGGUAAUUUCGAUAAUCCGGAUAAUUUGAUAAUCCGGAUGGGGUCCGGUCCCAAUUAAUCCGGAUUAUUGACGUUCUACUGUACAUUUAAAAUAGAGGCGUCAAAAUUUUUCAUUUUGUUCCUUUCCCCUUAAAGUUUGUCGCACUUAUUUCGAAACACCCUGAAUUGAUAAAGAAUAAAUCUAGUUGUUAAACAUAAGCGAAUUAAUCAAAAAAACAGAAUGUUAAGAAAACCUGAGUCUAUAGUUGGGUUUUAAUUUCAGUAUUUUAUAAAUGCCCUGUACACCAUAAAAAUUUGACUGGUCAGCAACAAUAUUAUUACAGCGGUAUUGUUAAAGAAUUAGGCUAUAACAUAUUAAAAAAAUCACUUAAAUCUGCCAACAGGUUUAGAAAAUAUAAGACAUUAAAAAUGACAAAAUUUUUAAGUGGACGGAUUUCUAUAUGCACGCAAGUUUAUAUAAAAAUAUAUUAUAUUGAACUAAAAUCAUAUUAAUAACAUACAUUUUAAUGUUCUUUAUACUUUGGAGCACGAAAUAUUGUAAAAUAUUUCAGUUUCUCUGUAAAUACAGUGAAUAUUUUUUAAAAACAAAUGAGAACUGUCAGAAUUAAUCGGUCUACCAAUAGAUGUUGCCAAGUUUCAACUUCAUGGCUUGUUAAGUAAAGGUGGCUAUGGCUGUAACAUACUAAAAAAAUCACUCGAAUCGGACAACAGGUUUAGGAAAUUCGAGACUUCUAAUGUGUACACUUCAGCAAGUCAGUCGAUUAUUUUGCUCUCAAGUGUAUUUCAAAAGAUGCGCAGUGUAUAGAGUAUUUAAUUGAGAAUGUCAUGAGUCAUGAGAAAUUCACUGGGUGCAUAAUUGUUUAAUUAUUUUUAGACAUUUUAUAAAACAUAAACCGGUUGAGAUUGUUAUAAGUUUCAUAUUGUCAAUAUAAACAGAGAGAGAGAGAGAGAAAGAAAGAGAACAAAGCUGGCAUGGUGAUAUCGUUAAGUUGCUGGAUUUGAUUUAGAAAAUGUGUUUGAAAUAUUAUUACAGGUUUUAGUUGUAAUAUGUUCGUUCCAUUUAUAUAAUUCCUUUGUUUAAUAGUGUAAGUUAGUAAUAGUUUUCCAGUUUACUUAUUGAUAUAUUUUUUAAUUUAGGAGGCGCAUAUGUCACACAAUAUGCUAAUGCGGUGUUGCUAUUAUUGUACUUUAUUAAUUUCAAAAUAUAUACCUACAAUAGAUUGUAAGCCAAAUUUGAUGCAAUAAAGUUGCAAUAUUUUUUUACCGAUAUGUUAGGUUAAUCUUUAUUAAUUUUGUAAUAAUAAAAUUUACAAAAAUGUC